CUCCAGGUGCUCUGACAUGUUCUCCCCGUGUCAGCGUGGGUUUCCUCCAGGUGCUCUGACAUGUUCUCCCCGUGUCAGCGUGGGUUUCCUCCAGGUGCUCCCACAUGUUCUCCCCGUGUCAGUGUGGGUUUCCUCCAGGUGCUCCCACAUGUUCUCCCCGUGUCAGUGUGGGUUUCCUCCAGGUGCUCCCACAUGUUCUCCCCGUGUCAGCGUGGGUUUCCUCCAGGUGCUCUGACAUGUUCUCCCUGUGUCAGUGUGGGUUUCCUCCAGGUGCUCCGACAUGUUCUCCCUGUGUCAGCGUGGGUUUCCUCCAGGUGCUCCCACAUGUUCUCCCUGUGUCAGCGUGGGUUUCCUCCAGGUGCUCCCACAUGUUCUCCCCGUGUCAGCGUGGGUUUCCUCCAGGUGCUCCCACAUGUUCUCCCCGUGUCAGCGUGGGUUUCCUCCAGGUGCUCUGACAUGUUCUCCCCGUGUCAGCGUGGGUUUCCUCCAGGUGCUCCCACAUGUUCUCCCCGUGUCAGCGUGGGUUUCCUCCAGGUGCUCUGACAUGUUCUCCCUGUGUCAGCGUGGGUUUCCUCCAGGUGCUCCCACAUGUUCUCCCCGUGUCAGCGUGGGUUUCCUCCAGGUGCUCUGACAUGUUC